AUGUCGCUCCCUUCCAACGUCCACAUCUCUACCCACCCCUGCCUCCAGGCCAAGCUAUCGCAGCUGCGCUCGCAUACCACGACCCCGCGCGAGACCAGGUCGCUGGUCCAGGAGAUCGCCUCCAUCCUGGGCGUGGAGGCCUUUGCCAAGUCACUGAAGCUGGCGCCGACGGGGACGGACCGCACGCCCCUUGGAGUCGAAUACACCACGCAGGGCAUCAACCCGGCGGAUCUGGCACUCGUGCCGAUUCUGCGUUCGGGGCUGGGGAUGGUUGAUGCCCUCAACGACCUCCUCCCAACCGCAGUCCCAAUCUACCACCUCGGCCUCUUCCGCGAACGCGUCACCCUCCAACCCGUCGAAUACUACAACAACCUCCCCUUCCACCGAUCGGAGCUCUCGCCCGCCUCGCCGGCCUCACUCGACCCAACAGCCAACACGGCAGCCGCAACGCUGGCCGUGCUGCUGGACCCGGUGAUCGCGACGGGGGCCACGGCCGAGGCGGCGAUCCAGCUGCUGCGUGAGUGGGGGGUCCAGCGCGUGAUCAUGCUCAGCGUGCUGGCGUCGGAGGAGGGCGUGCGGCGUGCGGCGGGGUGCUGGGAUGGUGGGGUUGAGGUAUGGACGGGGGCGGUGGAUGGCGGGUGUAAUGAGAAGGGGAUGAUUGUGCCGGGGGUCGGGGAUAUUGGGGAUCGGUUGUUUGUGGCGAUUGGCAAGUAG